AUGAAGAACAUAUUAAAUGAAAUCAGCACGUAUUGUCAACAAUCACAGAGAGUAUUGGACGAGUUUGAGACUAAUAAAAUAGUGACUCAAUUUAAAGAUAACAAGACAUUAAACAUAUCAGAAAGAAUAAAGAACGCAGAGAAGUACUAUGACCAAGUUGAAGAAAUGUAUAAAAGAAAGAAAGAAAUGGAACAAACUUUACAACCACUUCAACAGCAAAUGGAUGUGUUUAUAAAAGCACUUAAAAAGGAGAUGGGACUCUUAUCAAAUGAAACAAACAAAACAACGACUUUAAUAAGAGAGACUCUUGUUGCACUUUAUGACGAAGAAUUUAAAUUACUAAGAGCACCAUUUGAUCUCGAGAUCAAGAAGCUUGAAGAUGCAAAAAACAGAAAAAUGCAAAGUCUCAACACUUUAUCAGAUAAACUAAAAGAGAGAGUUGCCACUGACCUUUCUGUGAAUGAAUUAAUUGGUCUAGAAAAUAUCACCUCAAUGCAAAUAAAUGAAAUUGUAUUUGACAGCAAUGUAGAUGACUGGGGCCAAGACACGUCUGUCUUUCUUGACAAAAUAUCCAACAAAGAGAAUUUAUGUUUUCUUGUUGAGGAUGACAAAGACAAUAAAUUUGGAGGUGUUAUAAUUGACAAGAUUCCACAACGGAUGGGGAUAAUUGUUGGACAAAGUUCUUAUAUCUAUUCAUUGACUAGAAACGGUGUUGUGACUGCAAAUAAGUAUGAGAAGAAGAGUGAUGCAGAGUAUUCCUAUUACCUUGGGGCCAAAAAAGAGGAUUGUUUAAUAGGCUUUGGCAAUGGGCAUGACAUUCACGUGCACAAAAAGAAUAGUUCAGGGAGUCACUUCAUUCCAAACACUUAUCCAAUCACAUACACUGAUUUCUCCGAUACCAAAGAUUUCAACCAGACACGUGUCCGAGUGUUUCAACUGAUUUAA